AUGCAUACUGGGCAAUGGUGGUGGUCGAUUCAGGAGACACUUGAGGAGCAGAAUCCGGGUGCCACUGUCAUCCCGGUCAUCAUCUCAUCCGACAAAACCCAGCUCACUCUGUUCCGCAACAAGACAGCGUAUCCCGUGUAUAUGACGAUUGGUAACCUCCCGAAGUCCAUUCGCCAGAAGCCCGGACGUCAAGGACAAAUCCUGCUCGCGUACCUUCCAACCAGUCGACUAGAGCACAUCGCCAACAAAGCUGCCCGCCGUCGUGUCCUCGCCAACCUUUUUCAUGCCUGCAUGUCCAAGCUUCUCGAACCCCUCAAAGCUGCAGGUGCCCAUGGUACGCUCAUGACUAGCGGUGACGGCGUUGCACGUCGUUGUCAUCCCAUUCUUGCUGCAUACGUUGGAGACUAUCCUGAGCAGUGUUUGGUGACCUGCGCUUACAAUGGAGACUGUCCCAUCUGUACCUGCCCCCAUGACGAGCUCGGAGACUUCCCCUUGUCCCACCCGUAUCGUGACAUAAAGGCCUCGCUGGCGGCCAUGAGGUCACUCGACACUCCCACGUUUGUUCAGGCAUGCGAGGACGCUAAUAUCAAGCCCGUUCAACAUCCAUUCUGGGAGGACCUACCGUUCACGGAUAUAUUCCGUUCCGUCACUGCUGAUGUCCUCCACCAAGUGUACCAGGGUGUCUUCAAACAUCUCCUCUCCUGGCUCAAGGACGCAUGCGGUGCCACGGAGAUCGAUGCUCGAGUUCGCUGUCUUCCCUACAACCACAGCAUUCGAAAAUUCCAUAAAGGUAUCACUGGUCUGUCCCGCGUGACUGGGGCCGAACACCGGCAGAUCAGCCGCUUCCUCCUCUCCAUUGUCGUCGACAUGGACCUCCCACGCGAGCAUGCCGACCGCCUGGUCUGUGCUACUCGCAGUCUCCUACACUUCGCAUUCCUGGCUCAAUAUCCCAUUCACGACGACACAACACUCAAGGCACUUGAGAAUUGUCUUUACGACUUCCACAAGAGUCGUGAUGUCUUUCUCGAUCUCGAUAUCCCCUCCGGCUUCAACAUUCCUAAACUGCACUCGCUUCUACACUAUGUCCGGUGUGUCAAGUUAUAUGGCACUACUGACAACUAUAAUACAGAGACUUCGGAACGGCUGCACAUCGAUUUCGCUAAGGACGCCUACAUCUCCUGGCGCUCUCAACAAGCUUCUGUUGGCCCCGCAACCCUCGCAGCUCGGCAUGAUCAACGAUGGCAGCCUCCGGAUCUCGCAUGCGCUUUGCAUGUGAAGAUGACACAACACCCUACGCGCAAGGCAGUGUCUCUUCACGAGCUUGCGUCUCCCAUGGGGUACUGUGCAAAGCAUAUCGGUGCCGCUAUCUGCCGUUUCAUCGUCCAGUUCCGUCACCCAACUCUUACUUUGUACCAACUCGAAAACCGUAUCUCGGAGACUCUGAUUCCAUUCACACACCUCCCCGUCUAUCAUCGCAUCAAGUUUUGGAACGAGCAUGUGUUCGGACAGGAAACUCGCGACUCCAUUCAUGUCCAUCCCCGUCGAGUCAAUGAAGGUGACCUCAAAGACACUGUGAUCCCUGCUCGCUUCAAUACCGCACUCAUCCGUAUGCGUCACUCCAAGAUGCCUGGUGCCGAGUCUACCAUGCGCACGCAUGUGCAAGUGCAUGAUGCUCAAAUCCCGCUACAUGACUUGCGCGUUGGGCAGAUUCGUGUAGUGUUCACACUACCUGAUGCUGCACUCGCCUACUACUUCCCCGGUGCGCCACCUGAGCAGCGUCCACCACGGCAUCUUGCAUAUGUCGAGUGGUUCUCUAAGUUCUCAGCUUCUCCGGAGAAGACCUCUGGGUUCUACAAGGUGUCGCGCUCUCUGAAGGAUGGUGAGCGCCUUGUAUCCGUCAUACCGGUUGGUUUGAUUCAGCGAAGUAUUCACCUUACGCCCAAGUGGAAUGGGCCCGCACGUUCGGAUUGGACUAGUGAGAACGUCCUGGAGAAAUGUACUGCGUUCUAUGUGAAUACCGACAAAGAUAUGUCUACCUUUUUCAAUGUAUACUAA